GGUGCUCGGGGUGAGUGGGGGCACCCUGGGCUGGUGGCUCUGUAGAUGGUGUCACCCCUGUGCCAUGCAGCUCGCAGGGAGGUGGUUCCUGGUCAGCGUGGCCUCCCGCUGCAGCCACCUGGCAGAGCACAGCCACCAGCUGGAGGCCACGACAGUGAUGGUGACCGUCCUGGACGGACAAAGCCUUGCCAUCAGCACCCUCAGGAAGCUGGAUGGGAUGUGCUGGGAAAUCAGGCAGCGGUACCUCCCUGCCCAGGCCCCUGGACGCUUCCUGCUGAAGGGCCAUGGGCACAGCAGCAAGGUGGAUGUGGUGGUAGGUGAGAUGGACCCCAGCAGCUUUGCCAUCCUCUAUUACCAGAAGGGCCGUAGCAUCUCUGUCAAGCUCUAUGGACGGACCAGCCGGGUCAGCGAUGCCGUCGCGGACAAGUUCGAAAAGCACGUGAGGGCUGUGGGUCUCAGUGAGGAUGUGACCUACUACUUCCCCACCUACGGGUUUUGCGACUCCGCAGACGAGUUUCAUGUCCUGGAUGAAACAAAGCUGUAGGUGCAGAUGGAGUUGCCGGGGUUUCCCCAGAGCUCACCCCUCACCUCAUUGAGCUGCCCAUGGCCACGCGGGUCUGAGCUGUGCUUUGCUCAUCCCCCUCUGCUGCACCUCAGCCCUGGAGCCAGCUCUGGGGCUCUCCAGUGCCUCCAGCUGUGCUGGCAGCUGCAUCCAUCCUGGUCCUGCACCCUCUCGGCUUGUGUCACCCCUGUGCUCUGUGCACCAGUGUCCUGCAGGAGCCAGCAACACCCCAAUAAACACCUCAGAGAAGAGCCUUUGUCCAGGCCAGUCACCUCUUGGUCUGCCCCCGCCAGGCCAGCGCUGCCUCCAUCCUGGGCUGCCAGUGCCCUGGAAUCACAGCAUCACGGAAUAUUCUGAGUUGGAGAUGUGCUCCCAGCUGGGGGGUCCCAAGGGGGUGUUGGAGGACGUGCAACCCCCUUCUAUACACCCCCCUCAUCCUCUCCCUGAGCCCUGUCCCAGCUAUGGGACAGCGAGGCAGGAGUUGUGGUGGUUCCUGGGAUGUGGGGCACGUGGGUCUGGCUGGCUGGGGCCGAGGGAGCACCCGGCACUGAGGGCAACAGCACCAUGCCUGGCACCAUGGGAGGCACAGACCUGGGGGGCACUGGGGACCAGCACAGCAUCUGCCUUUUUCCCCAUCAAGCUGGGAUAUCCCUCAGGGACCCCAGAGGAGGAAAUCUCAGCCCCGCAGCAUUUCUCCUUCCCAUGUCCAGGGCCUCCAGGGCA